AAGAGGAGCACGACGCUUAUCUUCCUAACUAGUGGAGAAAAGGCGUAGCUAAAUGGCGUUUUAGGCCCACGCCUUCUUUUUAACUCUAUUUGGGAAUAGAGUGUAUCAUCUCUAACACAACUCCUUUUCUAUAUAAAUCUAUAUUAUUUUUUCGAGUGACAAGUUUGAGUUGUUUGACCACGUGUUUGUAUUUUGGUUUAAAUAUUUUUUGAUAAAACGUCUUAUAAUGGUGAGAAAAUUGAAAUACCAUGAACAAAAGCUCCUGAAAAAAGUAGACUUUAUCAACUGGGAGGUUGACAAUAACUUACACGAAGUAAAAAUACUUAAAAAGUACCAUAUUCAAAGGAGAGAAGACUAUACUACAUAUAAUAAAAUAGCUAGAAAUAUACGCGAAGUUGCAAGGAAAAUCAAAGAAAUGGAUCAAAAAGAUCCUUUUAGGACAGAAGCCAGUGCACAACUUUUAGAGAAAUUAUACGUAAUGGGUCUGAUACCAACAAGAUGGGAUCUUAGUUUAGCAGAAAAAGUCACAGCAUCAUGCUUUUGUAGAAGGAGGUUAGCUGUAGUGAUGGUGCGAAAUAAGAUGUCAGAGACUAUCAAAGGAGCUACUAAGUUAAUAGAACAAGGACAUGUUAGGAUAGGGCCUGAAUUAGUCAAAGAUCCAGCACUGCUUGUGACUAGGACACUAGAAGAUUUUGUCACCUGGGUAGAUAGUUCAAAGAUAAAGCAACAUAUUUUGGAGUAUAAUGGAAUGAGGGACGAUUUUGUGCUCUGAAGGAAGAACUACGCAAUUUAUUGAAUUUAUGAGUGAGACAUUUAAAAAAUUGUAUAUUUAAUUUUAUAUAAAAAAUACAUGCAA